UCAGAAGAAGGAGCGAUUUGGGGGUACUUUCUAGGUUCUGGUGAGAUUUGGCUCUGAUGUGAACUCUGCUGAAAGAACAGGAAGUGAGGUCGUGUCUCUAGCAUGCAGUGUUAGAAUGAGCUGUGGAUGUCUAAAUAUGGGCAGCCGUGCGGCUCAUCCCAGCACGUGUGUGGAGACUUCCUAUCACUGGGGACUUCCCUGUUGGCGACUUUGAUUCUUAAAGGUGCACAGCGGUGUGGAAGUCUAGAGGUGCAUCUGCCUGUUGAGGUAGGAGCCUGGGAUUCUGUUCGAAGUGCCGUCUGAGGAGCCAUCUCCUGACCUUCAUCGAGCUCAGGCAGACAAAGAGAUGUGCAAAUGCAGUGUUUAGGUUUCCAGUUUGUACGAUAGUCCUGCAUAGGACUCCACGAGCACAAAGUUGCACAAGAAUUGAAAGAACUACAGCGUGGCCAAGGGGCUUGUGCCCGGGAAGACUUGCUGGGUGGGGCCGGGCUCCAUCUGCGCUAGGAUACCGCACCCCACGGGACACAUAGACACCCCUGAGAAACCGCUUCCUGGCUCCGCUCCAUUGGGCCACCUUUCGUACUUCCUUCUGUGAUAAGUCAUUUGUGUUUGUGUCCACUGGAAACCCUUCUGGAGUCCUAAAGGGGGCGGCAAGGGACACCCACCACUGCGCCCCCUGCACCGUCCGGGUGGGAUGCGAGUUCCCUCCUAUUCCUUUUCUGUCCAGUGCAGAGCUGCGGAGAAUCUGCAUCUGAGGCUUUGCCUGGCUGGUUGGAGGGACCUGUGGCUUACGAAGAUUUACAGAUGGAUCCAGUGGAAAAGACAACAAACAGAAGUGAACAAAAAUCCAGUAGAAAGUUUCUGAAAAGCCUCAUCCGGAAGCAGCCGCAGGAGUUGCUGCUGGUCAUCGGGACGGGCGUGAGCGCCGCCGUGGCCCCGGGGAUCCCCGCCCUCUGCUCGUGGAGGGGCUGCAUCGAGGCGGUCAUCGAGGCCGCCGAGCAGCUGGAGGUCCUUCACCCGGGGGACGUGGCCGAGUUCCGCCGGAAGGUGACAAAGGACCGGGACCUGCUGGUGGUCGCACAUGAUCUGAUCCGGAAGAUGUCCCCUCGUACGGGUGACACCAAGCCCAACUUCUUCCAGGACUGCCUGAUGGAGAUUUUCGACAACCUGGAGCAGCACAUCCAGAACCCGCUGGUGCUGCAGUCCAUCCUCAGCCUGAUGGAGAGGGGCACCAUGGUGCUGACCACCAACUACGACAACCUGCUGGAGCUCUUCGGGCAGCAGCAGAGCAAGCCCAUGGAGUCUCUGGACCUGAAGGACAAGACGAAGGUCCUUCAGUGGGCGAGAGGGCACAUCAAAUACGGCGUUCUUCAUAUUCACGGCUUGUACACGGACCCCUGCGGGAUGGUCCUGGACCCGUCGGGGUAUAAAGAUGUCACGCAGGACCCAGAAGUAAUGGAAGUCCUCCAGAACUUGUACCGCACCAAGUCCUUCCUGUUUGUGGGCUGCGGAGAGACCCUCCGUGACCAGAUCUUCCAGGCCCUCUUCCUGUACUCGGUGCCCAACAGGGUGGAGCUGGAGCACUACAUGGUCGUGCUCAAGGAGAGUGAAGACCAUUUCUUCAAGCACCAAGCAGACAUGCUUUUGCAUGGGAUUAAAGUCGUGUCCUAUGGAGACUGUUUUGACUACUUUCCUGGCUACGUGCAGGACCUUGCCACUCAGAUCUGCAGGCAGCGCAGUCCAGGUAGGGGGUUUUCUUUCUCGACUUCUCCAGGUACGAGACUGAUUGAGUUCUUUCCGGUUUUUCCUUUUUGUUUUGAGAUCCAAUUUGCACGCUAUAAAAUAAAACGGAGAUGUAACUUCUGUACCACUAAGUUCCCGAGCCCUCUGGUGAUCUUAAAAAGGUGUGUGUGCCAAAUAGAAGGCCGGGUAGUCGGUGUGACGGUGACCUCUGUGCACAGGACGUGAGCGCUUAAGGCUGUGCCGACAGCAGUCCGAGUUUAUUCCUGUUUCAGACGGCUCACCAUGCAUCCAGUUACCUUAGCCAGGAGACCGCGCCCGCCAGUGUCUGCAGCGGAGACACCGAAGCUGGGAAAGCACAGAGCCCUCAGGUGCCCUUAGGUCCUCGCUGCGUUUUACAAGUUAAAACUGCAGAGGCACAAAAUGAUCUCAUGAAGACUUUUACAUCUUUUUGCACAUAACAUCUUUACCCUGUUCUGCUGCGUGCAACACACCUUUUUAAGUAAUUCUCCUGGGCCCAGCUUUUGGGGAACUGCCAGGAAUGACCAAGAUAAUGGAGGAGGUUUUAAAUUGGUCAUCCUGACAUAGGGCAGUUAAUGGCUUUAAGUUUGGGGUCCUAAAACAUGGAUGAUGGUAGACUUGGAAAGGUCUGGACUGGCUGGAUUUAAUGACAAGAACCGAGCCCUGCUGCCCUGGGCAGGGGAACUGGGUCAGCACACAGCCACUGCACGUGCCCGCUGUGACCUCAAAGACUAGAGGAUGCCAAGAUCACGGGUAACUGGAUGCACACAGGGUCCAGUAGCGUCAUCUGUCCCCACUAGUCCUGGUCGGAACCGCCAGUGGCUAGCCUGUGGACCGGCGUAAGUUGCUUCUCCACGGAGGAGAGUAGAGGCAGGGCACUAGUCCGUUUCUGAGGCAGAGAAGGAGCCGGGCCGGACGCUCACUGGGUCACACUCUGCUCUGAGUUUCACCUCCUUGAGACCUUCAUUUUCAGUCCCAGUAUCCGCGGCCACUUAAGUAGGUGAUUUGACAGGUGGUGAGACCAGCUCAGAGAGGUCAAUCACUUGCCCAGGUAGUUCCCAGAGAUUUUGGAGCUGGGACUGGAAUCCAUUGUGUCCCAAACAGGCCCACGGGCCUGGCUCUGGAGCGGGGCGGAGGCGCUCCCCAUCCUGCCCCUACCCACGGCCUCUCCUGCCUCUGCACACACGGCUCCCCGGAGGACCAGGACCUCAUGGACCACCCGUGUGGGCGCGGGCCCCUGGGUGCCUUCCUGGCCCCACGGAGGCCGCAUUCCCAGACCCUGGCAGCUGAGUGGAUCUGGCAAGCUGUCGGGGCCGAAAGAUCUUCUGGACUUAUAAUCUGUGACUGGGUCCUUAAGGACAUUGUCCUUACGUUCGUGAAGGACCUCUCCUGAUUGGAGAGGUGGUGUCCUGGUGUUGACAGCUAUGACCGCGACAGCGGGUGCCCUUUCUCCCUGUGUGCCAGGCGGGCCCAGCUGUGCCGCGCUCCACGCGCUGACCCCCGCCCCCCGGUCCUCAC